CAUUUCUGGGCUGCCAGCAUCAAUGAUUUAUUUGCUGUGGACCAACAUGACAAGUGGCUCCGGUUUGGCCUUGCCCUGCAUACCAGAAUUGAACCAUUUUCGGGCUGCAUCAUGUGGAUGCGUGUCUGGCACUCCAACAGAAACCCCCAGCUUAUCCUGUCUUAUUACCUUGAUACCCUCAUGGAGCUCAGUCAUAUGCCUCUUGUAACUCAAAGUGAUCUCGGCACCGAGAACUUUGGGAUUGCCAAUGGACACACUCUGCUAUGUCAGUGGCAUGAUCCUGCACUCCAAGGUAUGCUCCAGCACUGCUGGAUGCGCACCAAGAAGAAUGUGAUGCCAGAAAUAAUGUGGUCUCAGCUUCAGCAUCGUUUCACACCCAAUUUCGAGAAUCUUUUGGACACUGGUGUGCACAAUGGCUGGUAUAAUGCUGGUAAUACCCUGCAAAUUAUGAUUUUCCACUGGAUUUUUAUCCCAUGGUUGCAAACAGAGUUGAAUGCAUACAAGGAUCAUGUUAAUAACACCGCAAAACGGCACGAUCAUAACAAGGUGUUACCACAUGGAAUUCCAGAGCUGAUAUAUAAUUCACCUGAAGACUUUGGAGUGCUUGAUUUCAAGGUAUGUCUUAGUCUGCCAGGCGCUAUUAAUUGUAUUCGUAAUGCCUAUAUCAACCCUUCGCACACAAUAUUUGACCUUGUGCUGCCAACUCUCAGUGAUCACCUUGCUUCUUGCUACGACCACUUGAGGUGUCCCAUCAUCACCCGCGACUCCAUCUGGGGAGUAUACUUGGACAUGCUCAAUGUCAUCCAGCUCAGCGACGAUUUACCUGCUGAAAUCAUGCCUACAGAUGAUUAUAAAUUACCUUUGUUCACGGAUCAUGAAGACUUACAUUUCCAGGAAGAUGAUAGCAGUUUUUAUUAUAUGGGAGGGGUCCGUGGUGGGCACGGUAUAGGUUAG